AACGCGCUUCUCUGUUUAUCGACCCCGCGUCUACUCACCUACACCAUAUCCUGACCGCAACCUCUGCCUUUACACGCAUGCACUCAUUACACCGCCAUCAACUGAUUGUUCGCAUACAAAAACUUCCAUCAUGGCACCCAAACUCAAGACAUCGAACCCACCUCCUCCAGCGUCAUCAGCAUCACCUCACAGUCGCGAUACCAGCCCGGAACUAGGCAGCCCUUCCAAGUUAACGCAAUACAACCAAAAGACAGGCCGUCCUGUUCGUAAAAGCGCGGGCAAGAUCAAGAGGAUUGCAGGUUACGUCGACUUUGAGGACGCCGAGUUUGACGCCUUAACCGACAGCGAGUUGAGCGAGCUGAGCGAGCCAGACGACGAAGACGACAUGGAUCCACUCAGUCUUUCGGGCAAGAAAAAGAAGAACAAGAAGGGCGCACUGAAGCGUAAACGCAGUCCCUCGCCUCCAUCCCCUCACCUAGAGCCUGUCAUCAACAACCAAGAGCUUGAUGACCUGACCGACAACGAAGAAGGCGGCGCCUUUCAUCGAAACGGCCCUAAGAAGCCACCAAUGACCUUGCAGUUCAACGUGCCGCUAGGUUUUCACGGUCCACUCUUCGUCAAGCUCGAUAGCACCCUCCUACACAUCAACCAGCAAGGCAAAUUGCAUGAGAUGCAGCCAGGCAAGUCGAAGAAGCUAUGUACUGUGAGCCCAGAGCAGGUGGGAACAACUGCAGUGCGUCUCAAAGGCUUCACAGAUCUACCAGGCGAGCUCCGAAACACUAUAUAUCGCCAUCUUUUCGCCCGCAAGGACAAGGAUUCAAGGCUUAGAAUUCCCUUGAGAAGCAUUGAUCCCAGGAACAGCCUGACGAAGUCCGCCCAGUUUCUCAGAAGCUGUAAGCUAGUGCACAAUGAAGCCUGUUCCAUCCUUUAUGGUGAGAAUACGUUCUCUUUCCAUCGUCAUUACGAUACACGUGGACCGUACUGGGAGCCGGUACCCAAAGAGAUCGGUUAUCAGGAUGUUUUGCAUUUCUUAAGAACAAUCGGACCCGAGAACAUCCAAUACUUACGCGAUGUCGACUUCGUCUUCGAUGAUGCACGCCCCAAAGAUACACCCUACGUCACCUCCAACGAGCAGCGUCGCUAUCUGAACGAUGAUUACCUAAUGAACUGCCUGCGAAUUCUCCGUGACGCCAAACUCCGUAAGAUCUCGAUGUAUUUUGGUGGGCGUCGACAACUGGGCCGCACCGAUGUCAGGUUCCUAGGCUACUUGGAGCAGGUCAAGGCAGACGAGGUGUCGCGGAAAAGCGAGAAGUACUACCACAGCGCUGACAGAUACAUGAGCCACGUCGCUUGGAACCAUCUGAAGGACAUGAUGACACGCAAAAAGAAGCUUUACGAGAACGAGUAGCUCGGCGCUCACAGCUGUCUUGGUCCAAUUCACGGUAGACUAUCAUCACCUAUACCUUCUGAUACAGUUUCGUUGGGGACAACGGCUAUUAAGUUCUCUCACUUUCCACCACCGGCACGUUACCGGUGCUUAUCCCUCAGACCAGAAUGUUUCGACAUACAUCAUACAGAUCUAGCGUUCAUCCACACCUGUCUCGACGGGCAAGCCAUACGGAGACUAGGCGUUAAGGACCAUCAUUUAUGCUGAAGGCUGAUCUUGUACAAUUCACACCCGGGUUCAUGUUUGUUAACCGUUAGCGGGUGACAUUGUCAACCCUUGUAUUGGCUUUUAUGGUAGUUCCACUUCAUGCAGCAUAUCACACCAAUGUAUUUCUCCCAACAUAAAAGUCUUAGAGAUAGAU